CAUCUACACACGAACAAAGUCCACUGAACUGAUAUCAGACGUUAAAGGUCAAUGGCGGCUGAAAAACUGAUUCUGCUGAAACGGCAGAAAGAAGAGACCAACCACAGGAGAGAGAGGAAGCAGGAUUCUAAAAAAAGUGACUGAGACAGGAAGAGGUGUUUCACAACUGACUGGACAGAAAGACGCAAAGAGACUGCUAUGAACAGGACGCCUGACAGCUGACGAGUUAGAAAAGACUUUAAGAGAGAGACAGAGAGACAGAGAGAGAGAAACAGACAGAGAGAGAGAGAGAGACAGACAGACAGACACAAAGAGAGCAACAGAGGGAGAGGGAGAGAGAGAGAGAGAGAGAGAGAGCAGCUGGUUGUCAACGAGUUUCACAUUCUGACUGACGCCGAACACAUCUGCAGAACAUCGGCAAAACAUCUGCAGAACUUCUCAAUUUGAUCAGCUGAUCAGAGGAAAAUGGCCGUCAGCUCCCCGAGAGACAAGUAUUUUGGUGUCUGGCUGAUAUUCUUCAUGCUUGGUUUGGGAACGCUGCUGCCCUGGAACUUCUUCAUGACGGCUACCAUGUACUUUACCAGCCGUCUGAAGGACUCGUCAGUGGUCGAAUAUUCAGCCAAUCAGACAGAAGCAGAAGGUGAGCAUCGCAGCCCUCUGGAGGCUAAAUUCAACAACGUGAUGACGCUGUGCGCCAUGCUGCCGCUGCUCCUUUGCACCUGCCUCAACUCCUUCCUGCACUCACUUAUUUCUCAGCGUCUGCGAGUGAUGGGCAGCCUGCUCAUCAUCAUGGUUGUCUUCAUGGCAACUGCUGUCCUCGUCAAAGUUCCUUUCCAGCCGCUGCCCUUUUUCUGCGUUACCAUGGUGAAGAUCAUCAUCAUCAACUCGUUCGGAGCGGUCCUCCAGGGCAGUCUGUUUGGGAUGGCCGGGUUGCUGCCAGCUUCAUAUACAACUCCCAUCAUGAGCGGUCAGGGACUCGCUGGAAGCUUCGCUGCCUUCGCCAUGAUCUGCGCCAUCGCAAGUGGCUCAGAGCUCCAUGAUGCAGCGUUCGGUUACUUCAUCACAGCUUGUGUCGUUAUUCUUCUGUCAGUCAUCUCCUACAUCUUGCUGCCUAGACUGGAGUUUUUCCAGUUUUAUCAACAGAGAAACAGGAACCAGAAUCCAGAAGAAGAGAACUCUGUAAAUCUGAUGAAGAGCGAGAGUAAAGGUGAAGCAGUUGAUGCGAACACACAGCAGGACGUCUCCAUGAUCAAAAUCUUUAAGAAGAUCUGGCUUCUGGCUGUGUCUGUCUGUUUCACCUUCACCGUCACCAUCGGUACGUUUCCCGCCAUCACCGCCGACACCAGAUCAACGCUUGGUGACGGAGGCUCCUGGGAGCGGUACUUUAUUCCUGUCAGCUGUUUUCUGCUCUUUAACCUGUGUGACUGGGCCGGCCGGAGCCUAACGGCCGCCUGCAUGUGGCCUGGAAAGGACAGUCUCGUACUUCCAGUGGCCAUUGUGUGUCGUCUCGGCUUCCUCCCCCUCUUCAUGUUGUGUAACGUUCAGCCUCGUCUACACCUGCCCGUCUUCUUCAGUCACGACGGCUGGUUCAUCUUCUUCAUGAUCCUUUUCGCCUUCAGUAAUGGCUACCUGGCCAGCCUCUGCAUGUGCUUUGGUCCAAAGAAUGUUCUGCCUCAUGAAGCAGAAACAGCUGGAGCCAUCAUGGCUUUCUUUCUGUCUCUGGGUUUGGCUUUAGGAGCCGCUCUGUCCUUCCUCUUCAGAGCACUGGUUUAACUGGACUAACUGGAAACCACAUCUGUAUUACUGGAUGAACUGUAAACUACAUCUGUAUUACUGGACUAACUGGAAACCACAUCUGUAUUACUGGACGAACUGUAAACUACAUCUGUAUCACUGGACUAACUGGAAACCACAUCUGCAUUCCUGGACUAACUGGAAACUACAUCUGUAUUACUGGACGAACUGUAAACUACAUCUGUAUUACUGGACGAACUGUAAACUACAUCUGUAUCACUGGACUAACUGGAAACCACAUCUGCAUUCCUGGACUAACUGGAAACUACAUCUGUAUUACUGGACGAACUGUAAACUACAUCUGUAUUACUGGACGAACUGUAAACCACAUCUGCAUUACUGGACUAACUGGAAACUUCAUCUGUAUUACUGAACUAACUGGAAACUACAUCUGUAUUAC